ACCUCCCUAUAAUUUGUCACCCACAACACAGUACACACACUAUGUUGACUUUUCUAAUCAGAAAGUGUAUCUUUGCUUUACCAAUAUGUCAAGUAGCAGUUAUAAGUUUGUCAAAAAUCCUGGUGGAAUCAUCAAAUGCAAAGGUGCAGUGGCAUGGGGAGCAGGGAAAGAAAUGGAAAUACAAGAAGUUGAAGUCAGUCCACCCCAACCUUCUGAAAUCCGGAUCAAAGUUGUUUCUACUUCCCUUUGUCGCAGUGAUGUAACCGCUUGGCUCUCUCAGGCACAACCUCCAUUAUUUCCCCGGAUAUUUGGCCAUGAAGCAUCAGGAAUUGUUGAGAGCGUGGGACAAGAUGUAACUGAAUUUGUGGAAGGUGACCAUGUUCUCACUUUGUUUAUUGGAGAAUGCAUGAGUUGCAAACAAUGUAUCUCUGGUAAAAGUAACAUUUGCCAACAACUAGGAUUGGAAAGGAAGGGUGUAAUGCACAGUGAUCAAAAAACUCGGUUCUUUGUCAAGGGAAAUCCCAUUUAUCACUAUUGUGCUGUUUCUAGUUUUAGCGAGUAUACAGUUGUUCACUCUGGAUGCGCUGUCAAAAUUAGCAAAGAUGCUCCUCUAGAAAAAGUUUGCCUCCUCAGCUGUGGGACAGCAGCAGGUUUGGGUGCAGCUUGGAAUGUUGCUGAUGUUACAAAGGGGUCAACGGUUGCCAUUUUUGGACUGGGAACUGUAGGAUUAUCUGUUGCACAAGGUGCUAAAAUAAGGGGUGCAUCUCGGAUCAUAGGAGUGGACACUAAUUCAACCAAGAAGGAAUAUGCAAAAGCUUUUGGAGUAACAGAUUUUAUCAACCCAAAUGAGAUUAACGAGACAGUUCAACAGGUUAUCAAGCAAAUGACUGAUGGUGGUGCUGACUAUUCUUUUGAAUGUAUUGGCGACACUGAGAUGAUAAAUACUGCUUUGCAAUCAUGUUGCGAUGGAUGGGGUGUGACAGUUACCCUUGGGGUUCCCAAGACAAAACCAGAAGUAACAGCUCACUAUGGGUUAUUUCUCACUGGGAGGACACUAAAAGGAUCUCUUUUUGGAGGAUGGAAACCAAAAUCAGAUAUUCCGAGCUUGAUUGAUAUGUACUUAAAAGAGGAAAUCAAGAUCGACAACCUUAUUACACACAAUAUGUCUUUUGAAGACAUAAAUACAGCAUUCUCUUUAAUGGUUGAAGGAAAAUGCUUGCGUUGCGUCAUCCACAUGCCAAAUGAAUGAAUGUAAGCCCAGUCAUUCUUGAGGAAUUGCAAUAUCUGGAUCCACUUACCUCCGAAUCAUGCUUCUUGUUGACGAUAACCUGUAUAAUCACAUUUUUUUGAGAAAAGAAUAACAUUUUAAACUUGUGUUUAAAGUUGCGGGGUUUUCAUAACAGGCCGUGUUAACUGGAAACCCUGCAAGGAAUUUACACUUUUCAAGAUAUCAAAUGAUUGUUGUAUGGUUCUGUUGAAUGUUUCUUUAUGCAGCUUUGUGUUAAAUUAGCAAGAAUGUUGGCUCAUUUUUAAUCAUUUGUUAAAGAAAACGUCAAUGUUUUGUGUG